GUACUCACACAAAUAAUUUUGCUUUUAAUUAGAAAUGUAAAUACUUUUGUUUUUUUUUUAAACCCUGUUACACUCUGUCAAAGCUGUUUACGUGACAUUGGCGAAAUCAUGGUUCUCAAUACCAAGUCGUUGCCAUAAUAAAAGAAGAAGAAGAAGUACUUUUCUCUAUGCUUUUAUUUUGAACACGAUCUGGUGCAAUGUUUUGCAAUUUAUUCCUUUUGUUUUCGGAUAAAUAACUCAAAACUGUUAAAUCAAUAGCUGUGUACUUAAAAAAGUGAGAUACUGGUGACUCUGCCUACCUCUUACAAUGUCGGAGGAUGACAAAACACUGCAUCGUUUGGAGGGAUCAUCUGGGGAUGCUCCUGGAGGUUUGAUCAUCAAAAAGAAGGAUGAACCAGCAGACUUCCAGUUUGCAAGGCCAUCCUUGUUGGGGCUUGAUAAGCUGGCUGCAACUAAGAGGAAGCAGAAUCGGCUGAUAUCAUUCCAAGACGACGCGAAUGAAGAAGACGAUGAGGCUGAUCGCAGUGAAUCUAGCGGGACUAAGGAACGUAAAUAUAGGAAGCACAAUGAAGAGACUCCGACAUACACUGGUGGUAUCUCAGAACAAGCGCGGGAACGCAUGAUUGAGAGGUUACAGAGGAAAGAUAAAGAAUUAAAAGAGAAAGGAGUGCACAAUUCAACUCAAGAAGAAAAGAAAUCACGAUCAAAGGAUGACGAAGAUGAUCGGUACUACAGACACCGCUAUGACAGACGUGACAGGGACAGAAGACAUGAUGACUACAGGAAAGACAGGGACAGGGAUAGAGAUAGGAGAAAAGACAGGGAUUCGGGGAGGAGAGGGGAUUCCGAGAGGAGGGAUAGGCGGGAUCGGGACAGUGAAAGAAGUAGAGACAGCUCAAGAAGGAGCUAUUAUGAACCAAGGUUUAAGGAUGAGCCUAGGACACCCAGCCUGAAAGUCCUAAAACCCACAGACAAAACAGCCUGGGAUGACGAUGAUGAUGAUCUCAAGGCUCCUCUACGUAAAUCCAGCUGGGACUUCCCGACCCCACUGCCGCGGGAUGCCGGGCCAUCCGACAGGUCACAGAGGAGUGACAGGAGUGGCAAACCAUUGAGGGAUUACAAAGGGAGACCCUAUGUGUACUCGGAUAGAGCUACACCACACAAGUUUGCCACUUCCAGACGUGGCUUGGAUAUUGAGGACUCUGAAUGGGAAGAAGCUGAAAAGAAAUUAGAUAGAGCUUGGUACAACAUGGGUGAAGGUGAAGCAGACGAAUCGGAUCCAUUCGCCGGCACCAGCGCGGAAUACGUGGCACGCAAAGAAGAACAGAUAGAGAAACGACGCAAUCGGAAGGUGUCAGCGCAGCGACAACAGAUAGACAGGGACAACGAGCUGUGGGAGCGGAACAGAAUGCUGACCAGUGGUGUGGUGCACUCUAUCAACGUCAACAAUGAUUUGGACGAGGAAAGCGUAGACCGCGUGCAUCUACUUGUUCAUAACAUCGUGCCGCCAUUCCUCGACGGAAGAAUCGUCUUUACAAAGCAGCCUGAGCCUGUUAUCCCGGUAAAAGAUCCAACGUCAGACAUGGCGAUCAAUGCCAGGAAAGGUUCUGCCUUGGUGAAGGCGUUCAGAGAACAAAAAGAAAGAAGAAAAGCGCAGAAGAAACACUGGAAACUGGAAGGGACUAAAUUAGGAAACAUCAUGGGAAUACAGAAAGAGAAAGAAGAAGAGGAAGAUGGACCUACUAAGGAAGCGUAUAAAUAUGCCGAACAUUUGGACAAAGCUGAGGCAGAAGAACCAGCGUCCAAGUCGGAAUUCGUGACAAAGAAGACGAUAGCGGAACAACGGCGCUACCUACCCGCCUUCGCCGUACGCGAGGAGCUGAUGCAAGUCAUCCGGGAGAAUAGCGUCGUCAUCAUCGUCGGUGAGACCGGCAGCGGCAAGACUACGCAGCUGACCCAAUACUUGCACGAGGAAGGCUACAGCCGGAUGGGAAUGAUCGGUUGCACGCAGCCGCGACGUGUAGCUGCCAUGUCUGUAGCCAAGCGAGUCUCUGAUGAAAUGAAUACUAAGCUAGGUGACGAAGUGGGCUACGCGAUCCGUUUCGAAGACUGCACGUCUCCCAACACAGUCAUAAAGUACAUGACGGAUGGUAUCCUUCUUCGAGAGGGGUUAAGGGAACCGGAUCUUGACAACUACUGCGCCAUCAUCAUGGACGAAGCCCACGAGAGGUCCUUGUCUACUGACAUGCUGUUUGGACUGCUAAGAGAGGUGGUGGCCCGUCGCUCGGACCUGAAGCUGAUCGUGACGUCAGCUACCAUGGACUCGUCCAAGUUCUCAGCGUUCUUUGGAAAUGUCCCCACCUUCACCAUCCCGGGGCGGACCUUCCCUGUAGAGACGUUCUUCGCGAAGAAUGUCUGCGAGGACUACGUGGAUGGGGCUGUUAAACAGGCUCUGCAGAUUCAUCUACAGCCUGACGAAGGAGACAUCCUAAUCUUCAUGCCUGGUCAAGAAGAUAUUGAAGUUACUUGUGAGGUUCUCACAGAGCGUCUAGCAGACCUGGACAGUGCGCCGCCUCUAACGGUUCUGCCGAUAUACUCUCAAUUACCAGCUGACCUGCAAGCCAAGAUCUUCCAGCGAGCUCCACCUGGCCAGAGGAAGUGCAUCGUGGCUACCAACAUUGCUGAAACGUCGCUGACUGUCGACGGCAUCAUGUACGUGGUGGACUCCGGUUACUGCAAGCUGAAAGUGUACAAUCCAAGGAUUGGUAUGGACGCUCUACAGAUUUACCCAGUGAGCCAGGCCAACGCACGCCAGAGGGCGGGUCGUGCGGGCCGAACGGGCCCGGGCAAGGCUUUCUGUCUGUACACGCAGCGGCAGUACCAGCGCGAGUUGUUAGCCGCUACUGUGCCGGAGAUACAGCGGACUAACUUGGCCAAUACUGUACUGCUGCUAAAGUCGCUUGGAGUUGAAGACUUAUUGGCUUUUCACUUUAUGGACCCGCCACCGCAGGACACGAUCCUGAACUCCAUGUACCAACUAUGGAUCCUGGGCGCGCUGGACGGCACGGGCGCGCUGACGCCCCUCGGCCGGCAGAUGGCGGAGUUCCCACUCGACCCGCCGCAGUGCCACAUGCUCAUAGUGUCGGCUGAGAUGGGAUGCAGUGCGGAGGUGCUCAUCAUAGUAUCCAUGCUGUCAGUCCCAUCUGUAUUCUACCGGCCGCAAGGACGCGAGGAAGAAGCGGACUCCGUCAAGGAAAAGUUUCAAGUGCCUGAGUCGGACCAUCUAACACUGCUGCAUUUGUACAACCAGUGGAAGGCUAACAAAUAUUCCAGCCAGUGGUGCACCGAGCACUUCGUCCACGGCAAGGCCAUGCGAAAAGUGCGUGAAGUGCGACAACAGCUGAAGGACAUCCUACAGCAACAACGCCUGCCGCUCGCGUCGUGCGGGACUGACUGGGACACUGUUCGCAAAUGCAUCUGUUCUGCGUACUUCCAACAAGCGGCCCGCCUCAAAGGCAUCGGCGAGUACGUAAACUGUCGUACCGGCAUGCCGUGCCACCUGCACCCGACGUCGGCUCUGUUCGGGCUGGGCUCGUCGCCGGACUACGUGGUGUACCACGAGCUCAUGAUGACGGCCAAGGAGUACAUGCACUGCGUCACAGCUGUUGACGGCCGCUGGCUGGCCGAGCUGGGGCCGAUGUUCUUCUCGCUCAAGGAGACUGGCAAGUCCAACCGCGACAAGCGGAAAGAGGCAGCAGUGCACCUCCAAAGAAUGGAAGAAGAGAUGAAGUUAGCCGAACAGAAGAUGGCCGAAGAGCGGAAGAAACGCGAAGAAGACGUGCCCGUCACGCAAGAAGUAGCGACUCCUGGUCUUAACACGCCGCGACGCGCGCCGCAGCGGUUGGGACUUUGAAGCUUACGCCUUGGGAAUAAGGGAUAUAAUGGCUUCCAACAAUGGACUUCAAUAGUACACUACCAGACAAUCUGUUCAGAAUAAAAAUCGUGUCAAAAAACGCGUCAAAUCAAGUAUACAAAAAGCGCACGUAAAUUAUUACGUCACCAUAAACAAAAACAUGAACUCUAUGUUCAUAGGGCAACAGUUAACAUUAACGUUUGAUUCUUUGAGAGACGUGAUUCCGUUUUAGGUUUUGCAGCAAUAAGAAAUUGACGUCACGUCUGGUUAUUUGAGAUCAAAAACAAAUCGAAUUCAAUAAUUGGAAACUAUUUGGGUUUCCAAAGAAAAGCAA